AUGUCAACCGCCGCCAGACGCCGCUUAAUGCGGGACUUCAAGGUGUGUAACUGCCAGCUCCGUUCGCGCGCCGAUCUGGCUCUUGACUCACAGUUCUCGCAGCGCAUGCAGACCGACCCGCCUGCAGGUGUCUCUGCCUCCCCGAUCCCCGACAACGUCAUGACAUGGAACGCCGUGAUUAUCGGGCCCGCAGACACACCGUUCGAGGAUGGCACAUUUCGCCUGGUGAUGCAGUUUGAGGAACAGUAUCCCAACAAGCCUCCCCAAGUCAAGUUUAUCAGCCAAAUGUUCCACCCCAACGUGUACGCUACUGGCGAGCUUUGCCUGGACAUUCUACAAAACAGAUGGAGUCCCACGUAUGAUGUCGCCGCGGUGUUAACGAGCAUUCAAAGUCUUCUCAACGAUCCCAACACUGGCUCGCCAGCCAAUGUCGAAGCCUCGAAUCUGUAUAAGGAUAACCGGAAAGAAUACACUAAGCGCGUCAGAGAGACCGUGGAGAAGAGCUGGGAAGAUUGA